AUGUCGACCCAAACAUCCCCUCCUCCAAUGCGACCGCCAAAUACUGGGCAGAGAAAGACGCGCAGUGAAGUGCACGCUGCUAAAAACAGGGCUUUACUCAUGUACUCUUCCGCCGUGAUAAUCAUGGCCGUCGGUGCAAGCUACGCUGCGGUCCCCCUCUACCGCAUGUUUUGUGCCGCAACUGGUUUUGCGGGGACACCCAAAGUCGGCACAGGCCGGUUCGAGGCUGAGCGAUUGGUUCCCGUCGAGGGAGCACGUCGAAUCAAAGUACAUUUCAACGCGGACAAGUCGGAACAAUUGCCUUGGACGUUCACUCCUCAGCAGAAGUUUGUCAGCGUUCUCCCUGGGGAGACAAGUCUGGCUUUCUAUAAGGCAAAAAAUACUUCGGAUCGGGAUAUCAUUGGCAUCGCGACGUACAAUGUUACACCAGAUAGGAUUGCGCCUUACUUCUCCAAAGUGGAAUGUUUCUGCUUCGAAGAACAGCGUUUGCUGGCCGGAGAAGAAGUGGACAUGCCUCUACUUUUCUUCUUGGAUAAAGACAUGCUUGAUGACCCUGCAUGUAAAAAUGUCGACAGUGUCGUCCUUUCAUACACUUUCUUCAAAGCACGGAGAAAUGAACAUGGACAACUAGAACCGGAUGCACCGGAAGAUGUUAUUCAGGACUCGCUAGGUUUUGGCGGGUACGAACUCGCGCCCAAGGCUGAACUUCGCAGUCCAGCCGCGUCUCCAGUGUCUGAGAAGAGCCAAGGGUCAUAG